UGAGGGCUGGGAACGUCUGCAUGUUACUCCCCACUAAAGUUAACAAAAGGACCCUUAAAAAUGGAAUCCACCGAAACAUUUAAUUUCGACUUUGAUCGAGUCGGCCCAAGUAAAAGGCGGAUUUCCUCGAUUUUAAAAGCGCCCCGGACGUCUGUCAAAGUGACAGAGGCUGGUCUGAAGGAGCCACAGCAGGGGGAUAAGAGCAAACCAACUGAGAAAAGGAGGAGUUCCAGGAGAGUCAGCUUUGCUGCCACGAAAAAUGUGGUUGUUUUUUCCAAGGAUAUGACUAGUUCAUCUGAUGACCAGAGUCCUUCACCAAGUUUGACACCUACGGGAGCAGACUGUCAAGAUGCCAAAGGCAUCUAUGAUGGCAUUGACAACCUAUUAAAGGCACCCCUGCAUGAGCCCCAUCAAAGGAAGAAGAUUCAGUUCUUCUCAGAUCCAGUUCUACCAGAUGGUUGUGACGAUAAGACAGUACUGUUCGGAGAAGACACCGCAUGCAUGGACAUGACUCACUGUCAUACAAUUAUCAUUGACAAAGACUCUGAUAAAAGUGACUUGAACUUCACAAUCAAUACGGAUAUGUCAGUCAGCAGGAUCAGCAAACCUAUGAACACAAAGAAUGCCAUGCUACAGAAUGCGGAACCGGAUUUUGGCACUUUCCUUGCGAGUGUUUCUCAGCAGCAGGGAGCUGGGAAGAAUACAAGAAAUGAGAGAUCUUACAUGACUAGAGAUCAGACAUUGUUGUUUGGAGAUGAUACAGCAUGCAUGGAUAUGACCAAAUGUCACACAGUUCUCAUUGAUAAUGAUUCAGGUGAAACUGAUUUAAACUUCUCAAAGAAAGCACCGAUGUCGGCAAGUGAUAUCUUUAACACUCCAAAUAAAGGCAGCAACAUACCACAAGCAAAUGUAGGAAUUCCAAAAAAGCCAGAUGCCGAUUCAGAUUUUGGAUUGUUCCUUGCAAGUUUGUCCAAGAAAAAGGGACUUGGGAAUAAUUCAAAAGAGGAAUCUUGCUCAUUUGUUGAGGUUAGUAGUGUUCCCACCCAGAAAGUGGAUUCCAAGGGCUUUCUUGCCAGUCUAAAUGCCCGACGUACAGUAAUCAACAAAGAGAACCAGCCUCCUGCUCUGUCAUACUCUGUUUCAAAACCUCAAGGCCUUCACAUUAGGACACCAACUACCCCAUCAACUGAUGACUUCAUGGAUCUAACAAAAAGUUAUACAGUUGCAAUAGAUGGAAGAGGUUUUCUUCAAAAGCAACAAGAGGAACAGAAAGAGAAGCCAUGGGCCAUUGGACGGGGUAGCGCCAAUGCAUCCAGACUGGAUUGUGAUGGCUUGAUAGGUUCCCUGAAAUCACCUGAUCCAGAUGACAUGGACUUGACAAAGAGUCAGACCGUUGCAAUCAACUUUAAAAGAGUGGAUUUGGUGAGGUCCUCAUUAAGCAAUGGCAGGAGGGGUGAGGUGGAUCCCAACAAAACACAGAUUUUCUCUGGCGAUAACAUUGGAAUGGAGCUCUCAGGAGUCAUCAAUGUAACAGCGGAACAGGAAAAUUUCCCUGCAAAGAAGACCAUCCAGACAGAAUCUAAUUUCCCUCUUUCAAAAUCCAGGGGGGCUACUGUCCUGGAUGCCCUAUCAGUAAGUCACCCCCACAGGAUUCAUCAUUUUCAGAAUGAUCACUGGACUGUUGACCCUGCAAAUACUGAUGACAUGGAAAUGACAAAGAGCCAGACUGUGGUAAUUGACACCAAGGGCUGUGAACAGAAAAAAAAAAUGGAUUUGAUGAGGUCCCUAUCGAGCAGUGUCAGGAGGAGUGAGGUGGAUCCCAACAAAACACAGAUUUUUUCUGGUGAUAACGUAGGAAUGGAGCUUACAGGAGUCAUUAAUGUAACUACGGAAGAGGACAAUUUCCUUGGAAAGAAGACCCUCCAGAAUGAAUCUAGGUUCCCUCUUUCAAAAUCCAGGGGGGCUACUGUCCUGGAUGCCCUAUCAGUAAGUCACCCCCACAGGAUUCAUCAUUUUCAGAAUGAUCACUGGACUGUUGACCCUGCAAAUACUGAUGACAUGGAAAUGACAAAGAGCCAGACUGUGGUAAUUGACACCAAGGGCUGUGAACAGAAAAAAAUGGAUUUGAUGAGGUCCCUAUCGAGCAGUGUCAGGAGGAGUGAGGUGGAUCCCAACAAAACACAGAUUUUUUCUGGUGAUAACGUAGGAAUGGAGCUUACAGGAGUCAUUAAUGUAACUACAGAAGAGGACAAUUUCCCUGGAAAGAAGACCCUCCAGAAUGAAUCUAGGUUCCCUCUUUCAAAAUCCAGGGGGGCUACUGUCCUGGAUGCCCCAUCAAUAAGUCACCCCCACAGGAUUCAUCAUUUUCAGAAUGAUCAGUGGACUGUUGACCCAGCAAAUACUGAUGACAUGGAAAUGACAAAGAGCCAGACUGUGGUAAUUGACACCAAGAGCUGUGAGCGGAAGAAAAUGGAUUUGAUGAGGUCCCUAUCGAGCAGUGUCAGGAGGGGUGAGGUGGAUCCCAACAAAACACAGAUUUUCUCUGGUGAUAACAUAGGAAUGGAGCUUACAGGAGUCAUUAAUGUAACUACGGAACAUGAAAAUUUCCCUGAAAAGACCCUCCAGACAGAAUCUAGAUUCCCUCUUUCAAAAUCCAGGGGGGUUACUGUCCCGGAUGCCCCACCAGUAAGUCACCCCCACAGGAUUCAUCAUUUUCAGAAUGAUCAGUGGACGGUUGACCCAGCAAAUACUGAUGACAUGGAAAUGACAAAGAGCCAGACUGUGGUAAUUGACACCAAGGGCUGUGAGCGGGAGAGGCCCAGUAAAAGACGGAAAAGUCUGGCCAUAAACAGAAGUGUCAUGUUCGCACAAAAUGAUGAAGGUAUGGAGUUCAAUAAAGGUUUUACUGGUCACAUAGAGGCAACUGAAUGUAAGAAUAGCAUUACUCUAAUGACUGAUGCGUCCCUUCCUUCUAGUCAGGCCAGCGUGUUGCAGAUAUCGACUGCAUGUGAACACACUGGAUUUACAAGCGAAAAAUCAGCUGUUAUGGAUUUCAAUCCCAGUGAAGUAUCAGAUGGCUGUAAAAGUAGUGCAAAGAAAUUCUUCCCAUUUGAGUCCUUGAUAUCUAAACCCUGUGAAUCUGAGGGAAUUACCGCAGAUCUGUCAUUUGUUACUGGCCAGAAGAACCUCUUUCCAUCUCUUGGUAUAGAUGACAUGGAGCUUACUAGCAGCAAACAUGUGUCUGCUGAUUUACAAGUGGCGACAAAGUCCAUGUCGUACAUGGCAACCAAGUCAAAACCUCAGUAUCUUUCUGGUGAAGGCAAUGACAUGAAGAUGAAGUUUGCCAAUCUACCAUCUGAUGAACAUAAUGGUGCACCACUUCAGGAGGAAGAUCCGAUCUCUUCAUGCACCGACAAAAAUGCCGAUUCAGCCAAACCGGAUCCAGUUUCUCCACCUGAUCAUACUGUCACCAAGAGAAGCGAUCCAGAAUCCCAAAAAGUAAAAUCAAGGCGGAGGAGCCUGCUAGAUCUACAGUCUAAACUGAGACGUAUCUCACAAAAUAUCAAUGAACCUGACAAAAGUGUAGUUGACCGUGCAACUUUACCAUUACCCCGUUUAGAAGUAACAGAAAAGUUUUUUGAUAAUCCUGAAAUGGUAGACACAGUGGGUUGCAGGAGCCAGACGACUGUAGAAGGGGUGUCCGAACAAAUGGAUAAUGUUGAAAGCUUCAAAAUUGCCUCCCUGGCCAACAAUGAGACUAAACCACUCACAGCCCGACUCUCGUUUGGUGGCUUUCUACCGAAAUUGCCAUCAAGACCUAAGCCAGUUCUUACUGAUCACGUUGUAUCUGAAACCUCUUACACCUUCAAAAGUAACUUUCGUGAAGGCGGCCAGGAUGCUACUUCUACUAAUCUACUUGACAACUUUGAAAUGGAUGAUAUCAAUGACGAGCAGCUUCCUGAGAUGAGUAGCGAAGAGGACAUCUCGGUAACAAUUGAUGACCAAUCUCUCAAGCAAACCCAGUGGGAAGAUAACCACUGCAGUAUGAAUUCAAAGCCAGAAGACCUGGAGGAUGAUGUCUUCUCCCCAACUCUCAAUGUCACUAAAAGCCUGAAAAGGGCGUGUCCAGAAGAUGGCCACGAUCAUGUGCCUCUCGAGAAGAGAAAACAAGAUGUCUCACCCUCUGAAGUCACGGGGUCAGCGUUCAGUAGUGUCCAGUGGGAUGCUAAUGCCACAGAAGAAGCUUCUAAUGUGAUGACAAAGACAAUAGAUGCCACUGGCUCCAGCAGCAACUCCACCUACCUUAAAUCUGAGGCCACCUUUGAGUCAACAUACAAGUACAGCCAGUGUGACUCCCAGAUUGACAGGACUUUGGAUUAUGAAUUUGAUUUUCAUAAGAAAAUUGAAGAUGGAAGCAUCACAGUGAAUGAGUUCCUGAGGCACUUUGGCAUCGACUUUGUCAUCCACAGAUCCCGCCCAAGUGCCCUCCCUGACAAUUUUUCACCUAACCCUACACCACAAUUGGAAGACUUACUGAAGGAGACGUACAUCUACCGGCCUAAACAGAGGAUUUACGAAGUUGACUGUGGAAAGCUUACUGAUAAGGUUGAGGGCCUCAAGUCACGAAUGCAGCAACAAGACCAUCCCCUCAAACACAUCAAUGAGUCACUUUUGCCGGAGUUAGCAAAUCUCUCUAAGGAACAGUUACUGAGCUUUGGUUCCAAGUUGAAAGAAAGGAAGGUGUAUUUUCGAAAGAGAAGCAAAAUGAUUUCUCAUGAAAUGAAGACAGGAAUGUAUUCAGAACUUGUGCAUACAACACAGGAGGCCAAACAGAAACUUGAGGAAAAGGUGUUGGAAACAGACACAUUGCUGAAAGAUCUUGAUGCCUGUAUUCAUGACUUGGAAGCUGAACUGGCAGCUGUUGAUUGUGCCCUAAGCGUUGACCAAGUGCAUGUACAGAGUGAUGUCCAGCCAGCCCUUAAAAAGAGACAAGAAGAACUGGAACGAUUAGAUAGUGCUGUUGCUGAAAAAGAAAGGCAAAUGGUCGACAUGGAAAAUGAGAAGAAGAAAAAGGCAGAAAAAUUGGAGCGAUUACGUGAGGAGAUGAAGGAUAUAGAGAAACACACCUCUGUCCUACACAGUGUGAACGAAUGGAAGUUGAGUCUGAAAGAACACGAAAGGACUCGAUUCAGUUUUCUACAUCAGAUGCUAUUCUUGGAGGUGGUACAUCAACCGUCCAGUGGAAUGCUUGCCCCAAAAGGUGAAAUGGCACAGAAACUUUGUGACAUUUCGUUUGAUUUUCGAUUAGACGCUGAAAAAUCUAAGUGUCACACCGUAAUGGUUCAUGACCUGCUCUCCCAACUUCUCAAGUCUGGAAAGGAUUGGUUAAAGAGGUACUCCACCACUCUCGACAUUCCUAUGCUUCUACAUGAAGUGAGUCUGGUGGUGAGCCGCAUCCGACUUCUCGGUGAGGAGAUCCACCGGCUGAAGAGGUGGGGAGCGCUGAGACUGGGUGUCCUGGAGAUCAAGUGUGCAGACAGACAGGUCCAAAUAGUUUUCUCCAGCCUCAAAGCGUUUGUCAAGUUUCAGCUAACCCUGGCGAUUACCAGUGCUUACCCCUUUGGAGGCGUAGCGAUCCAGAGCUUCCAGAACUACAUUGGAAAUACAAGAGUUGACCAGAUUGAGGAUUUAGUCUCAUCCAUUGAACCAGCCAAGGGCUACUUAACCAAGAUUAUCAAGAUGAUUCAUGAUCAUAUCCUCGUCUAAAACAUUUUGAUGACCGAUAUUCCUAUAUUUGUUAUUCAAAUACUGGGAUACAUAAUAUAUAUGUUUUCAUAAUGAUUGUUUUUGUCAUUAUGUUUCUGUACAUGUUUUGUCUGUCAUGUGUAUUACCCCGUUAAAAAAAUUGAACAAAUGUUUGUAGAGAUAAUGUACUCGAUGUUUGUGUCCCACAAUUAACUCCGAAAUUAAGGUAUUGAAAUCUCACAGACUGGCAGCUGAGAAAACAAACACAUUCCUGACAUGUAAAUAUUUGUACAAAAUUCUGUUGUUUUGUUUGUUUGUUUUUUUCACUCACUUUGCUGUUGAUGUUUGGCAUAUUCAGAUUAAACCAUCCUUAAUAAAUGCUAAGGCUUAACAUU